UGGGCGUGUGCGCGAACUAAUCACAAAGCCGUAUGGCGGCGAGAGUGGCAAGUGUUUACACUGUUUACAGUGCGUCCCUAUGACUUCGUAUUUAUGGCUUCUCGAACGCUACUCCACUGCCUUUUGUGUACAAUAGCAACACUAGGCUUCGCCCGAGCGAAUGAGAAUGACAUCGGUUUAAGUUUCGCUCGGGAGCCUCCCAAGUUUGUCAUCGGCUACAAGGGCAAGCCACUGGUGUUGGCAUGUGCCCCUGGAGGCAGCCAUUCUGAAGGGUCAGUCUCGGUCAGCUGGCUGGUCAAUGGAGAACCCGUGGUGCUCAGUGACAGGGUCUCGGUCCAGCCCACCGGAUCUCUUUCCUUCAAAGAGAUCAAGCAUGACCUACCCCAACAUUCAGAUGAGGGAAAUUACCAAUGCAAGCUGACAAGCAGCGAUGGUCUGUCUCUCCUUUCCAAGGCCUCUUCCGUCAGAGUAGCAGCGGAUGAGAAUGACAUUGGUCUAAGUUUCGCUCGGGAACCUCCUAAGUUGGUCAUCGGUUACAAGGGCAAGCCACUGGCGUUGGCAUGUGCCCCUGGAGGCAGCCAUUCUGAAGGGUCAGUCUCGGUCAGCUGGCUUGUCAAUGGAGAACCUGUGGUGCUUAGUGACAGGGUCUCCAUCCAUCCCACCGGAUAUCUUUCCUUUAGAGAGAUCGAGCAUGACCCACCCCGGCAUUCAGAUGAAGGAAAUUACCAAUGCAAGCUGACAAGCAGCGAUGGUCUGUCUCUCCUUUCCAAGGCCUCUUCCGUCAGAGUAGCAGUUUUUGCUGCUAGCUUCACACAAUCUCCAAAGAAUUUAAGUGUGGAAAUCGGGGAUACCGCAAGACUGAGCUGCCACAUUGAAGCGGUGCCAACCCCUAACAUUUUUUGGAGGAGGGACAAUAAAACCCUACCUAACCAUGAAAGAAGAUACUCUGUGUUACGCUCGGGAGUUCUGCUGAUUGAUGAGGUUCAAGAGAGCGAUGCCGGCGUUUACCAUUGCAUCGCCAGCAACAAGAAAGUCAGGAUCGCCAGUGAGGGCGCCUACCUGGAGGUGGUGCCAGCGUCACAACGCUUCCGACCGGCGCGAAUGCUGUCGGAGCCUGAGACAGUGGACAUCAAGGUGCAGGCAAACGAAACUCUGUCCCUUGAGUGCGAGGCUUCAGGAUACCCGGUGCCCUUGUUGCGGUGGAGCUCGCUAUCUGGAAGCAAGAAGAAAUCUUUUGAGAGGCAAAGUCGCUUGGGCAGCAAUGUUCUCGCGAUUCCCAACAGCAUGGAGCGGGACUCAGAUGUUUACACAUGCGAAGCGACAAACGUUGACUCUGAGAACAAGGAGCACCAUGCCUUGAUUAGAUACAAUGUGUCGGUGCAGGUUCCACCGAUAAUCAAGAGAACAUCUAAGAGUGUAAAUCGCAUCGUCGGAACUCCAAUCAUCUUCAAAUGCGACAUGGCGGGAGUUCCUACGCCAAAAAUCAGCUGGUACAAGAAUGGAACUCUUGUGGAUACCAACGAGCGCGUUGUGCAGGAUGGCUGGCACCUAAUCAUAAGAAACUCGCUCAUUGGCGAUGCUGGCAUUUAUCAGUGCCGCGGAUGGAACGAUGCUGGCGAGGCGUGGGCCGCUUUCAGGCUCGUUGAAGAGCCGGGCGUUAAGGAUGUUGCCAUUGAUCCGCCGACAGAUUUAAAAUGUGGCUACGUUACUACCUCUUCUAUUGAUUUUUCAUGGAACGCAUCAGCUAUAAAUAUUUUAGCAUAUUCUCUUUAUUAUUAUGAAACAGCCCGGUUAUUUUCAAUCAAUGAGGUUACUGUCACCGCUAAGAGCCACAUUGUGGAGGAGCUGAAGCCGUUGACAAACUACUCAUUUUUCUUGAUCGGAUUCACCAUUGGGGGAGCAUCCAACAUCAGCGAAAUAGUUACCUGCAGGACGGCUGGCGGCCGAUCCUCGAUUUUGCCUCAGGUAACUUUGGUACAGGCAAACAGUCCAACCUCAGUCACGGUGUUCUGGAAAAAACCCAAGUCCCAAGAGACGCUGAACAAAGUCAUCGGCCAAAAGGUUCUCUACAGGGUAGCUGGUUCCCAUGAGUUCAAAGAAAAGGACACCCCAACUGACGUUAACAACGCCACAAUCACAGGGCUAACCUCAGGUGUUUUAUACAAGGUGUGCGUCAUUAGCGGCACCAAACAUGGAUGGCCCCUUGGGGACGGCGGCACUUUUAACUGUCAAUCAGUCAUGAUGCCAGAAGUCAUCAACACAACCCAAGCAACCCUGGAAAUCAAAAUUGUGCAAGUCCUCAAAUCUGCCAUCAAAUUUCGCUGGGCCAGAUCUAAGAAAAACAGGAUUGAGCCACGUUCCUACAAUAUUUCUGCAUGGAGGAACGGGACAGUUAUUUUUGGACCUCACAAUGUUGGGCCUCUUGUGACAAACUACAGCAUAAAAGACAUAGAUCUGCGUGAGCCUCUGACAAUCCAGGUUCGGGCGUUGAAUGUCGAUGGUGACUCAGUAGAAGUUGGCUCUUUUGAGUUCAAGCCAAGCCUGGUGCACGCUGAAUCCGUGUCAGCUUUGGAAGUUGUCGCCAUGAGUUCAAACUCCGUGAAACUCACCUGGGAAGGCCGCUAUGGGGGAUUGUUCAGGGUCUCCUACAAGCUUCUAGGCUCUGACGAUUUUAUUCAAAUCAACAGUUCUGAGCAUUCUAUUUUCAUCACUGACCUCAAGCCGUAUUCAACGUACAAAUUCUCCGUUCAAAGUUACUACAGCAACCUGAAUAUUGGUGCCUCCAACCAAACAGUGCAGUGCCAAACCCUGGAGGCAGUUCCUGAACCGCCGAGCGAGCUGAACUUCACCCAAAGCGACUCGUCAAGCGGCAAGUUUACUUGGAGCGCGCCGAGCGAGUCGAACGGCCAGAUUCGCACCUACCUUGUCUAUUACACGCCGGCAGAAAGCGCCGAUCAGCCUCUGGAGCAGUGGCUGCAGGCGCCGACCAACCAGACCUGGUUGCAGGUGUCCGGCCUGCUCCCCACAAGCUACGUGGCCACAGUCAACGCGUCAACCUCGGCUGGAUAUGGUAGAGCCGCCGACUUCUUCAAGUUCCAAAUGUUGAGCGUUGACAGCUCCCUUGCAGACGAACCUACCUCACUUAACUCGUUACGACACGACCGCCUUCUUCUUGCAGUUUCGAUCAGCGCAGUUUUCAUUUUCUUUAUAUUAGUGGUCGGGAUCACGUAUCGGCUGGCCAAAGCGUUGCGGCUGCGCAACCACAACAUACCUCACACCAACGGCAACGGUUUGCACCACCACUCUGAGGGCAUCGACAUGAUGGUCCUCAGUUCCAGCUCCAACAUACCUCCUGCUCAAACCGACCACCUGGACACCAAGGGCUGGCACCCCACUCCCCAAGCGACUGGUGUCCACAGCAAUGGGCGGAUUCCAAACGGCACCUCGACGCCCAUGCUUAAGCACGUGCACAUCACCGAGAACCCUCGCUUUCUUCCGCGAGGGGAUGGGAAGAGCGCGUGUCCGUCGUGUCCUGGGCCCGGCUGCAACUCGCGGGGCUGUCCGUCGUGUCAAGUGGAACCUCUGCUAGCGGCCGACGUGACUCAAGUGACGGUGCUAGCAGAAGAUUAACGUUUAAUUUCACUGUGCAUAGUUUUCAAGAGAAGUUUAACACAAGAAGUUUUUCAGAAGAAGUGAACACGGGUAAACUACCUCACAGUCGGUACCUGAUUCUGUAAAUAAUAUUUGAUCGACGAAUCUCGUUUAUUUUCUCUCUUUCGCUCUCAAAAAGAUUUCUGUGCAUUUAGCUGAGUUGAGCUUUUGUGUAUGCUCACAGUGCAUGCAGUUUUGUUCACACUUGAUGCGACGGAGGUAACUUCUCAAAAGAAUCGUGCAGCAAUAAUGUUGUAAAUUUUUCGUGCAAAUAUAUAGAGGAGAAUCGGAAAUUUAGGACGCAAAUCGAGGAAAUAGUGGCAAAUUCAUGGAACUCUAAUCUACCUCAAGUGCUUCACUCAGGAACACUUCUCUCCCUGUCGAGUCGAGUAUUCCUUUUUUUUAAUUUUACCAAGAAAAUCUAUAACCUACUCUAAAAACGUUUCCCGCUGUCCUAGAUCAUUGCUACCGUUUAUGAAAUGUUUAAAAUUCAUCCUAAUGUUUACUGUUGAGUCGAAAUUGUAAAAAAUCCUCCUUCGUUUUUUUCCAGGAAAUUAGAGUAAGUUUCGAAAUUGCUUCUUCCUGUCCUAAGUGUCACAUUCCGCCUAGACUUCAAAUUACCCUUUUUGAUAAAUUAAAAUUUUAUGAAGAUAAAAAUUUCGUUAAGGUUCUGGAGUCUUAAGUGAAAAAAAUAUUAUCUGAUGUUGGCUAAAUUAAUUUUUGAAAUUCUUGUUGAAUCAUAUGCGACAUGUGUCGACUCCCUUUCUCCAUUGAUUGGAAACAAAUUUUUGACGCUGUUGUCUCUUUUUUGUUUGUACUGUCGCAGCCUCAUUUGAAUGUAUUGCAGAAGGUUUUAAUGAUGGAAAUAUUUUCAACACAUUUCAUAUAUAUAUUGUGUGAUGUCACAAUUUCAGGCUUGUGCCUUUAGCAGAUAUUUCAGAUUAACCGGCAUUAAUCUGCAUUUUGUCUUGUCUUCUCUCUCGCUUUCCCUAACGUGUAUAAACUGUUACAAAUUUCGUAUUUUAUUUUUGAAGUGCUCCACGAUAGAUUAAUAUCAGACAAAAGGCCAAGUAAUAACGAGGAGGGAUAGUAAUUUCCAAUUUUUAUGCAUGCUAAGGGCAACCAACUUAAUUGAUAACUGCCAUGUAAAGAAAAUAUGUCGCCAACCGACUUUUAUUUUUGUAUUUUUUAUGACAUUGAAUACACAUUAGAGUUGACUUAGCAGAAAAGGAUCUUAGUUGGUGUUGAAAAUUUAUAAAACGAGCAUAUUUCUUCGUAAAAAUUUUGUAUUUUGAGCCGUGUAGAGUCAGAAUUAAUGCAAAGAAAUAAUCGUUGCUGACUAGGACAUUUUCCCCCUUGUAAAACAAAAAAGGGACGAAAAGGGGUCUCAUUUUGCUAAUACAAAGGUCCCUCCGGCCUAUGACAACGAACAAAUUUUUUACUCAACAGCUCACGUAACUCCCACCACAUUUUGACACACGAAACCCUCGAAAACUUAAGCCUCUCAUUUUCUUAAUCUGCGUAUUUUAUUUUGUUGAUGGCUGUUUCUUUAAUUGAAAAGAAAUCGACAGCUGUUGUUUUCACAAUCCCUUGCUAAAUGAUAGUUACGACGAAAUACAUUGUCGACGCAGAUACAUACCCACAGGCCAGAUUUGUAUUUUCUCCCCAGGAUUAAUAUUUCGAUUAGUUUAAGGAGAAAAUCAAGGCAAUUCAGGGAUAUCCAAGCAAAGUCUUACCAGCCUACUGAACGUUUUCCAUUUACAAUGAUUUUUCAUUCGCACUUUUCCACGAGAGAAAAGCUAGAUUGCUUGGAAACAAUUCCACGCUAUUCAUGCGUGAAAUACCUCCGAACCGCUCCGCAGAAAUGUACAAUCUCUUUUCCCAAAUCGCGCGGCAACUCUACCUUUUUUAUUGAUUACCUGCAUACACCUAGAUAUAAUUGCAUUUGACUGAUUCACGUUUGUAAAUUAUACAUAAAGAAAUAAUGUAAUAAAAAACAUUACUGUAAA